GAGUGUAUCCGAGAGACUGAGACUCUGACCUCUCAGUCAAAGCUACUGCUCGGUGAAGAGGGCGAGGCCUUGGAGCACUCGAGGCCUUGUGGAGACUGGGAGGGGAUCUUCUCCGCUUCCAGAGGCCAAGAUCGAGCGUCCACCUCGUCCGCUCACCUCGAUCCAGCAAUGCGUGCGGCCGCCGGAGGUGCCCCGCCGCGACGUGCUGGUGGUAUCCGUGUCCGCGCCCCACUGGUGGAGUCUGUCUCCUGGUACUGCAGGGUAGAUGGAGGUCUUAAAACCGUUGUAAGUGCUAGGAAGUUUGUCCCUGGUGCAAAGCUGUGCAUGCAACCUGAUAUCAUACCAAACAAGCGCAAGUCAAGGAGCUUGCGCAAGGAGAGGUCCCAAACUCAAUCACCACUGCUACCUGGGCUUCCUGAUGAACUGGCUAUUUCCUGUCUCAUGCGGGUUGCUCGGGUUGAGCACCCAAAUAUGCGGUUAGUAUGUAAACGAUGGAACCGACUUUUGUCUGGGAAUUAUUAUUAUUCCUUGCGUAAGAAAUUCGGCAUGGCAGAAGAAUGGGUUUAUGUCUUCAAAAGGGACCGUGAUCAGAAGCUAUCUUGGUAUGCCUUUGAUCCAGUAAACCAGCUCUGGAAGUCAUUGCCUCCACUUCCACCAGAGUAUUCAGAAGCUGUUGGCUUUGGUUGUGCGGUUCUCAAUGGAUGCUACCUGUACUUAUUUGGUGGCAAAGACCCAGUACAUGGGUCUAUGAGGCGUGUUGUAUUUUACAAUGCUCGGAUAAACAAAUGGCUGCGAGCUCCAGAUAUGCUGCAAAAACGACACUUCUUUGGUUCUUGUGUCAUAAACAACUGUCUUUAUGUUGCUGGAGGGGAGUGCGAAGGGAUACAAAGAACUCUGAGGUCUGCUGAGGUAUAUGAUCCUAACAGGAAUAGAUGGUCUUGUAUUGCUGAAAUGAGCACAGGAAUGGUGCCCUCCAUUGGAGUAGUACAUGAUGGCAAGUGGUUCCUAAAAGGUCUCAAUUCUCAUCGCCAGGUUGUAAGUGAGGUCUAUCUGCCAGCAUCUAAAAUGUGGUCAACCACCGGUAACGAAAUGGUCACAGGGUGGAGGAAUCCAAGCAUUUCCUUCAGAGGCUGGCUUUACUCUACUGAUUGCCGUGAUGGUUGUAAGCUUAAAGUCUAUAAUAGAGAGACAGGAUCAUGGACAAGAUUCAUUGACACCAGACACCACCUCGGAAGCUCACGAGCUCUCGAAGCUGCAGCCUUUGUCUCCCUUAAUGGAAAACUCUGCAUUAUCCGUAACAAUAUGAGUAUCACUCUUAUUGAUAUAUCAGACCCAACAAUGGUCACUGAGGUUGACAGUGCGCGCAUGUGGGAGGCUUUUGCACGAAAGGGGCAGCACAGGUCUUUCAUGGCAAACCUGUGGUCAACCAUCACAGGCCGUAAUCUGAAGACAGACAUUAUGCAUUGCCAAGUGCUCCAAGUUUGAGUUUGGCCAUAUGUGAAGCAAAAACAUAAACAACCCUGAAAGGCUCAGUUAGAAGCUGAAUUGGUUACAUGAACUGAAGCAAAGAGACCAGCUUUUUCCUCGGUAAAAUUCACUGGUUCGCCCUUUGGAAUAUUCUGAUUUUGGCACAGUUGCAUCCUAUUUGUCAGAUAAGGCUCCAAGGGAUUGGGGCUGGGGGCCCGGAGGAAGAAUCUGCCAUGGUUCAUGAGAAUUAAGGGUUGUACUGCAGCUUUGACUCCACAGGUUCAGAAGUGCAGGAAGCACUGAGAAAUGAAUGUCUAAGCCUAGAGUAGGAACGAAGCAUGGCAGAGACUAUGACCGAAGGCCCCAUGGAUUGAUACAUAGAGCUGUUAGUUCAGCUUGGUAGAACGCGGAUCACUAAAAGCUUCCAUGGAAUCGAAGGUUGUUUAAGAAGUACUCCAUGAUUUUGGUGAGAUCUGCUACAGUAGAUGUAUACAGCAAAAAAAAAAGCUGCUGCCAUGCCGUCAUAUAUUUUCAGAAAAGGAAGGAUAACGAUCCUCAUCACUGUACUGUCAGGCAUGGGGACUAAUCUUAUGUUCAUGCCUUGAACUCUUCCUGCCUGGUUGUUUGCUGAGAAGCUGUGGAAACCGAUCAGUACCUAUUUCUGAAAGAAAUUUCCAUAGAUAUUCUCGCCUCUUGAGUUUAUGAAUAAUGCAAUCUUGUAAGAACUCCUAAAAGGUUGCCCUUUGAACUAGAGCAAAUCAACACUAUGCCAUUGGAUAUCAUAUAUCAGUGGUUUGAUUUACCUGCUUGAGUUUACCUGAGAAUUGGUUCUCAUCCGGUUUUAUGAAUUUGCUUGAGGAUCGGUUCAGGUAGUAUUAAACUGGUGCUCAGGCAGUUUGACCUAACAUGUAUAUCAUUCUACCUUGUCCACUAGCUGAAAUCAUUGACUGGAGAUUUGGAGAGUGAUUUGUCAAAUUUGCGAAACAUGACAAACAUGGGCCAAGGUGUAUAUCGGUUGUUUAGCGACCAUUUUCAGAGGCAGGAAUAGAUGGUGAUGAAGAUGACGAUGAA